AGCAGGCUUCCCCUGGCUUCUUAAGGGAGACUUCCCUAGAACCGCCCCUGCGUUUUUCUUCCCAGCGUGGCCGGGAACAGUCUCCCAUCAUGUCGCAGAAUAGAUUCCUGGAGGAUACAGGCUACUUCAAGUGCGACACUGACGAUAACUCUGAGACGCGCGAGAGCCUGGGCGAUGAGGUCUUCGACACGGUCAACUCCUCCAUCGUGUCUGCGGAGAGCAUCCGUUUUUUUGUCAACGUCAACCUGGAGGUGCCACCCACCCAGGCUGACAGUGAAUCUGCCGGCGGCUGCGGGCUCCUACACACCUCCCGAAAGUACCUGAAGCUGAAGAACUUCGAGGAAGAGAUCCGGGCGCACCGUGACCUAGAUGGCUUCCUGGCCCGGGCCAGCAUCAUCCUGAACGAGACGGCCACCUUGCUGGACGACGUGCUGCGGGCCAUGCUGCACCGCUUAGCCCAUGACCCCCACAACACCGAGCCCAACUGGAACCUGGACCUGCUCAUGGCCAUCCUCUUCACCGACGCCGGGACCCCCAUGGGCAGUAAAGUCCACCUGCUGUCGGAAACCAUCCAAGGGGUCACCGCCACGGUCACAGGGGUGCAAUACCAGCAGUCGUGGCUGUGCAUCACCUGUACCUCCAAGGCCCUGGUGAAGCGGCAUGUGUGCAUCAGCCGCCUGGUCCGCCCGCAGAACUGGGGGGAGAAUUCCUGCGAGGUGCGGUUCGUCAUCCUGGUGCUCACCCCGCCGAAGAUGAAAAGCACCAAGACUGCGUCAGAAGUGGGGCGCACAUUCGCCACCAUGUUUUUGGACAUCACCUUCCGCCAGAAGCUCCUGACAACCCGCACGGAGGAGGAAUUCAAGGAGGCCCUGGUACACCAGAGACACCUGCUCUCCCGGGCGAGCCAGGGUCCGGUGACGGGACCCAGUGUGACCUCCAGCUGCGUGCAAAGACCCCUUCAGCCGCCGCAGCACAAGGACUUUCUUCCCGUGGGGAAGGGCAUCCGGGAGGACAUUGCCCGCAGGCUCCCUGUGUACCCGCUGGACUUCACUGAUGGCAUCAUCGGGAAGAACAAGAGUGUGGGCAAAUACAUCACCACCACCCUGUUCCUCUACUUCGCCUGCCUCCUGCCCACGAUCGCUUUUGGGUCCCUCAAUGAUGAGAACACUAACGGGGCCAUCGAUGUGCAGAAGACCAUAGCCGGGCAGAGCAUCGGAGGCCUCUUGUACGCUCUCUUCUCCGGGCAGCCGCUGGUGGUGCUGCUGACGACCGCCCCCCUGGCCCUCUACAUCCAAGUGAUCCGGGGCAUCUGUGACGACUACCACCUGGACUUCAACUCCUUCUACGCGUGGACGGGCCUGUGGAACAGUUUCUUUCUCACGCUUUAUGCCCUCUUCAACCUCAGCCUGGUCAUGAGUCUCUUCAAGAGGUCGACGGAGGAGAUCAUUGCCCUGUUUAUUUCCAUCACAUUCGUGCUGGAUGCUGUCAAGGGCAUGGUCAAAAUCUUCCAGAAGUACUACUAUGGCCCUAACACUGGGAACUACCAUGCAGAAAGCACUUCCCUGGUCAGCCUGCUGGGCCUCAACACCAGCCUCCACACUGCCCUCAACACCAGCCUCCUGGCCAGCCCGAUGGAGCUGACGUCAGCGGGCAGCCAUCCUGAGAACGCAGGCCGAGAGACCGCCGUGCUCAGCCUCUUCAUCAUGCUGGGCACACUGUGGCUGGGCUACACGCUCUACCAGUUCAAGAAGAGCCCCUACCUGCACCCCUAUAUGCGUGAGAUCCUGUCAGACUGCGCCCUGCCCAUCUCGGUGCUCCUCUUCUCCCUCAUCUGCUCCUAUGGCUUCCGGGAAAUUAAGAUGAGCAAGUUCCGCUACAACCCCAGCAAGAGCCUGUUUGAGAUGGCCCAGAUGCACUCGCUGUCCCUGGAGGCCAUCGGCGGGGCCAUGGGCCUCGGCUUCCUGCUCUCUUUGCUCUUCUUCAUCGAGCAGAACCUGGUGGCUGGCUUGGCUAAUGCGCCAGAGAACAGGCUGGUGAAGGGCACCGCCUACCACUGGGACCUCCUGCUCAUCGCCAUCAUCAACACGGGGCUGUCUCUGUUCGGGCUGCCCUGGAUCCACGCGGCCUACCCCCACUCCCCGCUGCACGUGCGGCUGCUGGCGCUGGUGGAGGAGCGAGUGGAGAAUGGGCACAUUUAUGAGACGAUAGUGAGCGUGAAGGAGACGCGGCUGACCACCCUGGGCGCCAGCAUCCUGGUGGGCUUCUCCCUCCUGCUGCUGCCCUUCCCACUGCAGUGGAUCCCCAAGCCGGUGCUCUACGGCCUCUUCCUGUACAUCGCCUUUACCUCCAUCGACGGCAACCAGCUCUUCGAGCGCAUGGCCCUGCUCCUCAAGGAGCAGACUUCGUACCCUCCCACCCACUACAUCCGGCACGUACCCCAGAGGAAGAUCCACUACUUCACAGGCCUGCAGAUCCUGCAGCUGCUGCUGCUCUGUGCCUUUGGCGUAAGCAGCCUGCCCUACAUGAAGAUGAUCUUUCCCCUCAUCAUGAUUGCCAUGAUCCCCAUCCGCUACAACCUGCUGCCCCGAAUCAUUGAAGCCAAAUUCUUGGACGCCAUGGACGCUGAGCACUGAGACCCUGACUGGCAGGCCCUGGCCAUCCCCUGGCCACCUGCCUGUCAGGGCCCACCCAGGCUGGCAUGUGACGAUGUGGGGAGGUGUGAUUGCCUUUGGGGCGUUGCUCUGUGCUGUGCCCCUUCACAGCUCCUGAUAGGCCUAGGGCAUCUGGGCAUUGUGGGGGUUAGGUCGUGUGUCCAGCCCUCUCCCCUGGCUUUAGGUUAAGAACACUGCUCAGGGCAGCUUCUGCCCAGGGUGGGACUAAACAGGACGGAUUUUCUUUUGAUAAAAGAGAUGCCUGAGAGAGAAGCCAUUUCCUUGAUUGUGUAAGGAACUCGGUGGUAUGCACAUUAGAGAAUAAA